AUGGCGCUUAUCCUGGCUCGCCACGGCGAGCGCCAAGACUACGCUGAUGAUGCGUGGUUGGCUGCGCACCUCCAGGCCCGGCCCUGGGAUCCGCCGCUCAGCGCCGAGGGACGAGCCCAGGCAAAGCGCCUGCCUCAGGCAGUGCGAUCCUUUUGCCAAGAGCUUGGCCUGGAGCUGGGAGCCAUCUACUCAUCGCCCAUGCAACGAUGCGUGGAGACCGCAACGCCGACGUCAAACUCCGAGCUGCCGGUGAUUGUGGAUCCCCAUCUGGGGGAGUGGCUCAGCGACAGCUUCUACAAAAGCUGGGCAUGUGCUGAUUCCAAUGGCCGCUGGGGCAGCGGCAGUUUGCCGGUGCGCCCCGAGUUUGCUGAGCAGGUGGCUACGCCCGCCGGCGAGUGGCUUUACGGUGGCGUCGGCCGUGAAGUGUACAGGAACACGCUGGACAGGCCCGAGGAGCUGGAGGUUGCAGCUGAGAGAGUGGCCACACGACUGGAGACGCUCUUCGCUGCGAGCCCGGAGAAGGCGGUCCUGGCCGUGGGUCACGCCGGCACCGUGGCCGCAGCAGCUCUGCGACUGGCCGGUCAGCCUGUGGUUCUGCCCGACUACUCCAUACCGUUCACUGGCGUCUUCGUGCUGCGGCGCACAUCUGAGGGUGGUUGGGAAAGUGUGGCCUUUGCUGACGACAGGCACCUUCGAGCCUAA